ACGCGCCGUGACGUCAGCCCGCCGCGCCACACGAGCCGGAAGGAGCUUAGGGGUGCUGACGCGGCCGAGCCGCCAUGGAGGCCGACACGGAGCCCCUGCCGCUGCGGCCGGCCCUGGAGACCGAGGGGCUGCGCCUCCUGCACGCCACGGUGGGCUCGCUGCUGGCCUCCUACGGCUGGUACAUCGUGCUGUGCGGGGUCGUCCUCUACGUGGCCUUCCAGAAGCUGUCCCCGAGGCUCAGGGCCCUGCGCCGGCGGCAGCUGGACCGGGCGGAGGCGGCGGUGGAACCUGAUGUCGUUGUCAAAAGACAAGAAGCUUUAGCAGCUGCACGUUUGAAAAUGCAGGAAGAGUUAAAUGCCCAAGCCGAGAAACAUAAGGAGAAACUAAAACAGCUUGAAGAAGAGCGUCGAAGACAGAAGAUUGAAAUGUGGGACAGCAUGCAGGAGGGGAAGAGUUACCGUGGUAACUCACGCAGAGCCCAGGAGGACGACAGCCCUGGGCCCUCGACGUCUUCAGCUGUCCCGAAACGGAAACCUGACCGGAAGCCUCUGCGGGGAGGUGGUGAGCAGCUAGCAUUUAGCACUGUUACAACCCCUUGUCUGGUGAAGGAGGAGGAUCCUGCUCCUGGAGGCCUGGACGCAGAGGCCCAUCGUCCGGCGGAUGAGGCUAAGCUAAGCGUCUUGCUAGUGUCCAUUCUGGGCAUGAGCAAGGCGACCUGUCACCCUCCAUUCAAUUGCCUUACGCAAAGCUUCUCACAGUGACUAGCCCGGGCCGUGGAGUUCAUUUCUGUCCUUAACUUCGACCUGCUUCUUGAUGGGGUUCACAUCAGCAUAGGGUGUGUAGUCAGAGCUGCCAGGCCAUAGCAGAUGGCCGUGUGUCACUAAAGCCAGUGACCGCAUGCCCUGAGGCGUGGCAGAGACCUCCAGCUGAUAGCAGUGGGGGCCCAGUGGGGGCCUGGCAGCAGCUGUCCUCCGGGCCACAAGUUCCAGCUCUCUGUGAUGGGUUGCGUUGGAUGAUGUCUUCCUUGUCAAUGGUGAACCCACCAGCGAGGAUCACUGAUGCAGACAGUUGAUGGGGUUGUUUCUGUAUAUUUCUGUGUACAGAACUGUAUUAGGAAAGUGUAAAUAUUAAAAACAAAAAACAAAAAAAGUUUUUAGCAUCUUUUAUUAAAUUCA